AUGCCCCUCCCGUUGCGCACGGUGCUGGUGCCUUCCGUGCCACGCAGUAACACCUUCGCCUUCUCCUCCACGGCACUGAUCGUGCCCCUCCCGUUGCGCACGGUGCUGGUGCCUUCCGUGCCACGCAGUAGCACCUUCGCCUUCUCCUCCACGGCACUGAUCAUGCCCCUCCCGUUGCGCACGGUGCUGGUGCCUUCCGUGCCACGCAGUAGCACCUUCGCCUUCUCCUCCACGGCACUGAUCGUGCCCCUCCCGUUGCGCACGGUGCUGGUGCCUUCCGUGCCACGCAGUAACACCUUCGCCUUCUCCUCCACGGCACUGAUCAUGCCCCUCCCGUUGCGCACGGUGCUGGUGCCUUCCGUGCCACGCAGUAACACCUUCGCCUUCUCCUCCACGGCACUGAUCAUGCCCCUCCCGUUGCGCACGGUGCUGGUGCCUUCCGUGCCACGCAGUAACACCUUCGCCUUCUCCUCCACGGCACUGAUCAUGCCCCUCCCGUUGCGCACGGUGCUGGUGCCUUCCGUGCCACGCAGUAACACCUUCGCCUUCUCCUCCACGGCACUGAUCGUGCCCCUCCCGUUGCGCACGGUGCUGGUGCCUUCCGUGCCACGCAGUAGCACCUUCGCCUUCUCCUCCACGGCACUGAUCAUGCCCCUCCCGUUGCGCACGGUGCUGGUGACUUCCGUGCCACGCAGUAACACCUUCGCCUUCUCCUCCACGGCACUGAUCAUGCCCCUCUCUUUGCGCACGGUGCUGGUGCUUUCCGUGCCACGCAGUAACACCUUCGCCUUCUCCUCCACGGCACUGAUCGUGCCCCUCCCGUUGCGCACGGUGCUGGUGCCUUCCGUGCCACGCAGUAACACCUUCGCCUUCUCCUCCACGGCACUGAUCAUGCCCCUCCCGUUGCGCACGGUGCUGGUGCCUUCCGUGCCACGCAGUAGCACCUUCGCCUUCUCCUCCACGGCACUGAUCGUGCCCCUCCCGUUGCGCACGGUGCUGGUGACUUCCGUGCCACGCAGUAACACCUUCGCCUUCUCCUCCACGGCACUGAUCGUGCCCCUCCCGUUGCGCACGGUGCUGGUGACUUCCGUGCCACGCAGUAGCACCUUCGCCUUCUCCUCCACGGCACUGAUCAUGCCCCUCCCGUUGCGCACGGUGCUGGUGCCUUCCGUGCCACGCAGUAACACCUUCGCCUUCUCCUCCACGGCACUGAUCAUGCCCCUCCCGUUGCGCACGGUGCUGGUGCCUUCCGUGCCACGCAGUAACACCUUCGCCUUCUCCUCCACGGCACUGAUCAUGCCCCUCCCGUUGCGCAGAGGCGCGAUGUUCUUUCUUCGGUGCGGAGGCGGCGCGGCCUGCUUGUCUUUUGUGGGCGGUGCCAGAAUAUUGUCUACAUCCAGUUCAGGCCCUAAAGUUGCUUUUUCACAUGGUUUGUCCUGUGAAUGA